AGUGGAGGGAAGCUGCUUUCUGCUGUGAAUGAUGGCCAAAUCCUCCCUGAGAGAGAAUGGCCCUAACUCUGAGACAUUCCGACAGCGCUUCAGGAGAUUCCAUUACCAGGAGGUGGCUGGGCCGCGGGAGGCUUUCAGCCAACUCUGGGAACUUUGCUGUCGGUGGUUAAGGCCCGAGGUGCGCACCAAGGAACAGAUUGUAGAACUGUUGGUGCUAGAGCAGUUCCUGACCGUCUUACCUGGGGAGAUCCAGAAUUGGGUACAGGAACGGUGUCCAGAAAAUGGAGAGGAGGCAGUGACUCUGGUGGAAGAUUUAGAAAGAGAGCCUGGAAGACCUGGACCUUCGGUCACAGUCUCUGUGAAGGGGCAGGAAGUGCGCUUGGAGAAGAUGACACCCCUGAAAUCAUCACAAGAGUUAUUAAAUGUUCGGCAGGAGUCAGUGGAACCCCAACCCAGGGGCGUACCCAAGAAAGAGAGGGCAAGAAGCCCAGACCUGGGACCACAGGAGCAGAGGAACCCAAAGGAGAAGCUCAGACCUUUUCAAAGGAGCGGAUUUCCAUUUCCUAAAUCUGGUGUGGUCUCCAGGUUGGAGCAAGGAGAGCCAUGGAUUCCAGAUCUGCCGGGCUCCAAGGACAAAGAACUUCCAAGUGGUAGCUACACGGGAGACGGACGAGUGCAUGCUGAUCUGUUACCAUCCAAGAAAGACAGAAGAAGCUGGGUGGAACAGGAUCACUGGGGCUUUGAGGAUGAGAAGGUGGCAGGUGUGCACUGGGGUUAUGAAGAGACCAGAACGCUGCUUGCAAUUCUCAGCCAGACUGAGUUUUAUGAGGCUCUCCGAAACUGUCAUAGAAAUAGCCAGGUGUAUGGGGCUGUGGCUGAGCGGCUCAGGGAAUAUGGCUUCCUCCGGACCCUGGAACAGUGUCGGACCAAGUUCAAAGGUCUUCAGAAGAGCUAUCGGAAAGUCAAGAGCGGCCACCCACCUGAGACCUGUCCCUUCUUUGAAGAAAUGGAGGCCCUGAUGAGUGCUCAUGUCAUUGCCCUGCCCAGUAAUGGCUUGGAGGAAGCAGCCUCUCACUCUGGCCUUGUGGGCAGUGAUACUGAGACUGAGGAGCCAAGGCAGGGAGGCUGGCAGCAUGAGGCAGGAGCAGAAGAGGCUGUGGCUGAGGAGUCUGACAGUGAUGACAUGGAUCUAGAGGCGAUCCCCCAGGAUCCCAAUUCAACUGCACCUGUCCUGUUUAGAAGCCCAAGUGGUGUACACUGGGGCUAUGAAGAGACCAAGACUUACCUUGCAAUUCUUAGUGAGACCCAGUUUUAUGAAGCCCUCCGGAAUUGUCACCGCAACAGCCAGCUGUAUGGAGCAGUGGCUGAGAGGUUAUGGGAAUAUGGCUUCCUUAGGACCCCGGAGCAGUGUCGGACCAAGUUUAAAAGCCUGCAAACCAGCUAUCGUAAAGUCAAGAAUGGCCAGGCACCAGAGACCUGUCCCUUCUUUGAAGAGAUGGAUGCUUUGGUGAGUGCCCGGGUUGCUGCCCCACCCAGUGAUGGCCAGGAAGAGACAGCUUCUUGCCCUGUCCAGGGGACCAGUAAGGCUGAAGCUCAGAAGCAAGCUGAGGAGGCAGACGAGGUCACAGAGGAAGAUUCUGAUGAUGAUGAAGAGGAUACUGAGAUACCCCCAGGGUCUGUUAUAACCCGUGCUCCAGUGUUAUUCCAGAGCCCCCGUGGUUUUGAAGCUGGAUUUGAGAAUGAAGAGAAUUCAAAACGGGAUAUUUCUGAGGAAGUACAACUGCAUAGGACAUUACUUGCAAGGUCUGAAAGGAAAAUUUUCCGGUAUCUUAAUCAAGGUAAAGGCAAUGAAAGUGACUGUAGAUCAGGAAGACAGUGGGAAAAUACCCCAGGGGAGAAAAGGAGAAAACUGACACUCCAAGAGAAGGGUUUAAGUGAAGUCCUAAGUGAACAGAAACCUUGCUUGGGAGAGAGACACUAUAAAUAUCUCAAAUACAGCAAAAACUUUGGUCCUAAUUCCCUUCUCAUGCAUCAGGUAUCCCACCAGGUGGAAAAUCCAUAUAAAUGUGCUGAUUGUGGGAAAAGUUUCAGUCGGAGUGCACGACUUAUUAGACACCGGAGAAUCCACACUGGAGAGAAACCUUAUAAAUGUCUUGACUGUGGAAAAAGUUUCCGUGACAGUUCAAAUUUCAUCACCCAUAGGAGAAUCCACACAGGAGAGAAACCUUAUCAAUGUGGUGAGUGUGGGAAACGCUUCAAUCAGAGCUCAAGCCUUAUCAUUCACCAGAGAACCCACACAGGAGAAAAGCCCUAUCAAUGUGAAGAGUGUGGAAAAAGUUUCAAUAACAGUUCUCAUUUUAGUGCACAUCGGAGGAUACACACAGGAGAGAGACCCCAUGUGUGUCCUGACUGUGGAAAGAGUUUCAGUAAGAGUUCUGACUUACGUGCACAUCAUAGAACCCACACAGGAGAGAAACCCUAUGGGUGUCAUGACUGUGGCAAGUGUUUCAGUAAAAGCUCAGCCCUUAAUAAGCACCGAGAAAUCCAUGCACGGGAAAAGCUUCUGUCACAGUCAGCACUUAAGUAAGCCCUUGAGGAUAAUAAAGAGGCUCAAUAAAUGUAUUGUUCAGAAGUCUUCCAAAAGUGAGAUCCAUCUCCUAUUCUGUGUCCACCUAGCUUAGGAAAUUCUCUUUAGGCUUUAUGCCACUGUUUGUUCCUUGUUUUUCCUGAUCUACAGUCAAAUCCCCAAGGCACUCUAAAGCAUGAAGGGAAGAUUUCAGUCCCUCUCCUUGCCUGUAUCUGAAUUGAUGGAUAACAUCUUGUCCUUCUCAGUGCCUAUGGUGUUCCCCUAAUAAAGUAAAGACAACAUGGUAAUAGAGCCUAUGAAUUUGAUAUGCAUCCUUCUUUACUCAUUUUGUCAUUCAGCUGCAUUCUGACAGGAAAAACCCAUUACAUUUCAAGUUGUUGUGAGACUUUGCCCAUUAGGUGGGUCUAGUUCUUUUUUUUUUUCCUACAAGAUGGAGUCUUGCUCUAUCGCCUAGGCUGGAGUGCAAUGGCAUGAUCUCAGCUACUGCACCCUCCACCUCCCAAGUUCAAGCAAUUCUCCUGCCUCACUUUCCCAAGUAGCUAGGAUUAUAGGCACCUGUCACCAUGCCCAGCUAAUUUUUGUAUUUUUAGUAGAGAUGGGGUUUCACCAUGUUGGCCAGGCUGGUCUCAAACUCCUCACCUCGUGACCUGCCUGCCUCUGCCUCCCAAAGUGCUGGGAUUACAGGAAUGAGCCAUUGUGCUCGGCCUAGCUCUUCUUCAUACAAUAAUGGAAAUGCUAUAAUGAAUGACUCUUUCUGUUCACUUAAACUUGUGUUCAAAAUGACAGCUUUGUCAGGCAUACUCUUCAUUUACCUUGAAGGAAAGUUUAAUGUCCAUCUUGGUUCUGUUCUGUGAAUCAUCUUGUCUAUAACCAGGUAUUCUUAGGCAGAAACAAUGAAAACUUUAUACUGAAGUGUGAACCCUGGAUUUCUUAAGUUUAUUCUGAGUCCUAGAAGAAGGGUUAGAGUAAUAUAUUUACAGGAUUUAGUUUGGUUUUCUUUCUGUCCAGUCUCAUCUGAUUUUCUUCUGUGCCUUGUGGUCCAGAACUCCAUAGAGCAAGGCAGCUGGAUGUGGUGACAGGUAAAGCAGUUAAAGCUGCCAGCAGGGACUUGUCUAUAUUCCACACACCUAGUAUAGUGUUAUGCCCUCUGUGGGCACUCAGUACUUACCUGCAAUAAGCAGAAGCCACUGCCACAUUCCCAUAUAUUGGGAAAAUGAACUACUGUGUGUGAACACCCCUUUACCCUAAUGGCAGGGAAGAUGGAUUAUCUUUGGCCAGUGGAGCUGCCAAUCUACAUAUACACAUUCAGGUGAAACAAUUAAAAGCAGCUCUUUAAAUACAAAUGUAAUUACUCAUCUUUAUAAUAGUAUUGAAUUAACUGCCCAUAUGUUCAUAUUAUGAUCUGCCCUGUAUAGCACAAGGUAAAACAGGUCCUGUCCUUGUUCUUACAACCUAAAACAUGACACUAACAUGGACAAGUAGUACACAUGCAUAGCUGCAGCAGUUAUAGAGAAAUCUAGAAAGCUAGGUAGUAACACUACACAUAAAUGCAUGGUCCAAUGCAUUAGAGUUUGCUGUAAGAAAAAUCCAGGAGGUAUUUUCUUCUUUUUAUUCAGGAAGGCUUCAUGAACCAGGAAGUAUUCAAACGAGGGAAGCUUACUGGUUACAUUAGGGUAGGAAGAACUUUCCAUAGCUAGUUGCAAAAUUGAGUGGUGGGUAGGUUGAGGAAUGGGAAAAUGGGGGAGUAAGGUGUUUUGUGUAGAUGGAACAAAGAGCCCAUGAGGAAGGCCAGAUAAAGCUGAGCAGCAUAGAACUCGAGGAAAAGUAUGAUAUGGGCUGUGCAUCAGGCAGAGAGAAUCACCUUAGCUGAAACAUGGGUGCUAGGGGCAGACCAUGAGGUGGUACACCCAUCACCUCUAGUAAAUCAGGUACUGUGCUAUAACUAUUGAUAAGUAAACAGCUGACUGGCACUGGAAAGAAUGAGCAGUUUUAGGGGACUAGCUCCUAUGGGAGACAAAGGUCAGAAAUCAUAGUAUCUGAUGAAGAUAUUUUGAAGGGCAUGCGAGAAGGAAGAUAAAAAUGGCCAGAUGGCCAAGGCCUGGGAUAAGUAGCUGUUUCACAUUUAAUUGGAAUCCUGUGGCUGGAAUAAGAUCAGGGAGAGCAGUAGGAAGAUACGGUAUUCUAUAAUUCAUAACUUGUUGUGUUAUAGGGUUCUGGUGCUGAAUAUUAGUACAAAAAAUCUCCUAAUAUUUAUUAGGAAUUAAAGGAAAUGGUACCUCUGUUAUGUUGCCUAAGCAGACAGGAAGCUACAAGAAACACCAGUCUGAAGCAGUGCCUCAGGAUCUAAGAUGGUUUAGGAAGUAUGUGGUAAUGUCAAAAAAAAGAAAAAGAUUACUGUCUUUAGUAUAUCUAUGUAUAGUCUUGUCGGAAAAACAUUGGUUGGGGUAUCAACAGAUAUUCUGGUUCCGGAUGUCUUGUAAGUUAACCUGCGUCCAUUUCCCUUUCUGUAAAGCAAAAUGUUUACACCUAAUCCGCCUCUCAGGGAUACCAUGUUAAUAAAAAUUAUGUCUAUAAA